AUCAAUUCUUCUCAACUCAGCCAGCAUUAAUUCGGCCCAAGAAAACGGCCCACUUUACUGUUUGGUUUGGAAGGGCUUUUGGCGGGAACCCUCUCGUUAUUUUCCCGCCACCAGCAAGUACCAAAUCAAAUAAACUAGGGUUUCCCACGCGCAGACACUUCCUUUUCCCUUCGCCGAAUCAAUCCACCGUCUCUGUGAGAAGAGAUCUGCCGGAAAAUGGAUGGCUAUGGAGGGGCUUUUGUCGACAAGAAGGCUGUUACGGUGGAGAACGCAUUCGUCGAUUUCCUCAGAAGCUUCAAGUUGGAUGGAGAACCCUACUAUGUUUCCGAGAUCGAGGUGAUGACUACCAACGAAUCCACUACCAUGUUCAUCGAUUUCUCGCACGUCAUGCUUUUCAACAACACUCUCCAGGAAGCCAUUGCCAGCGAGUACUUGAGGUUUGAGCCCUCCUUGAAGAUGGCCUGCAAGAGGUUCGUUAUGGAGAUCAAGCCAACGUUUAUUUCCGACGAUAACCCGAACAAGGACAUCAAUGUUGCCUUCUUCAACCUCCCUUACACCAAGAGGCUACGAGAAUUGACUACAGCAGAAAUUGGAAAAUUAGUAUCAGUGACGGGAGUAGUGACACGCACAAGUGAGGUGCGGCCGGAGCUUCUGUAUGGAACUUUCAAGUGCUUGGAAUGUGGGACUGUCAUGAAGAAUGUUGAACAGCAAUUCAAGUAUACUGAGCCUACCAUUUGUCUUAGUCCUUUAUGUUUGACUAGAAGAAAAUGGGCACUGCUUCGACAAGAGAGCAAAUUUACUGAUUGGCAGAGGGUCAGAAUGCAGGAGACUUCCAAAGAGAUACCUGCUGGCUCCUUACCUAGAUCAUUGGAUGUUAUUCUCCGCCAUGAGAUUGUUGAGCAGGCUAGGGCUGGGGACACGGUUAUCUUCACUGGUACUGUCGUUGUGAUUCCUGACAUAUUGGCAUUAGCCUCCCCUGGGGAGAGAGCAGAAUGUCGUCGAGAAGCUUCUCAACGCAAGAGCUCUGGUGUUGCAAAUGAAGGAGUGAGAGGCCUUCGAGCAUUGGGAGUGAGAGACCUCUCUUAUCGUAUUGCCUUUAUUGCCAAUUCAGUUCAGGUUUGUGAUGGUAGCAAGAAUACUGACAUCAGAAACCGAAAGAAAGAUGGUGAUGAAGAUGAACAACAACAGUUCAUGGAAGAAGAGCUUGAAGAAAUUCAAAGGAUGAGAAAUACUCCUGAUUUUUUCAAUAAGCUUGUCGAUAGCAUUGCCCCAACCAUUUUUGGUCACCAAGACAUCAAGCGGGCUAUCCUGCUUAUGCUCUUAGGUGGCGUUCACAAGGUUACUCAUGAGGGAAUCAACCUAAGAGGGGACAUCAAUGUCUGUAUAGUUGGAGACCCUAGUUGUGCAAAGUCUCAAUUCCUCAAGUACACAUCAGGUAUUGUUCCCAGAUCCGUUUACACAUCUGGUAAAUCCUCCUCUGCUGCUGGGUUGACUGCAACUGUUGCCAAAGAACCUGAAACUGGGGAAUUUUGUAUUGAGGCAGGUGCUCUGAUGCUUGCUGACAAUGGCAUUUGCUGUAUUGAUGAAUUUGACAAGAUGGACAUUAGAGAUCAGGUUGCAAUUCAUGAAGCCAUGGAGCAACAGACUAUAAGCAUUACUAAAGCAGGAAUACAAGCAACACUGAAUGCACGGACAUCAAUUUUAGCUGCAGCUAAUCCUACUGGAGGUCGCUAUGACAAGUCUAAACCACUCAAGUAUAAUGUUGCUCUCCCUCCUGCUAUUCUUUCAAGGUUUGAUCUGGUAUAUGUAAUGAUUGACGACCCAGAUGCAGAAACUGAUUAUCACAUUGCUCACCAUAUAGUGAGAGUUCACCAAAAGCGUGAAGAUGCACUUGCUCCUGCAUUUACCACUGCACAACUGAAGCGAUAUAUUGCAUACGCAAAAACUUUGAAACCAAAGCUAAGCUCCGAAGCCAGAAAAGUCUUAGUAGACUCUUAUGUUGCACUUCGAAGAGGUGAUACUACUCCUGGAGGUAGAGUUGCUUAUAGGAUGACGGUUCGACAGCUCGAGGCAUUGAUCAGGCUGUCUGAGUCUAUUGCUCGAAGUUAUUUGGAAACUCAGGUACAAGGACGUCAUGUCCGCCUAGCCAGAACAAUGCUCAAGACAUCUAUAAUAAGUGUUGAGUCAAGUGAGAUUGAUUUAUCAGAGUUUCAAGAAGGAAAUGAGGAUGGCACUGAUGAUGGAAAUGAUAACUCUAAUCAACAUGAAGCUCAGCCAAGAACCGAGACAGCAGAACCAACUUCUGAAAAUGUGGGAGAUUCUGCCAAUCAACAGAAGGAAAAGUACGUGGUAACUGAAGAAUAUUUUCAGAGGGUUACUCAAGCCCUUAUCACACGCCUUAGACAGCAUGAAGAAACCGUAAUGCAAGAAGGGACGGGGUUGUCUGGAAUGAGACAGGGCGACUUGAUCCAGUGGUAUAUUGCGAGGCAGAAUGAGAAAAAUAGCUACACUUCCAUCGCUGAGGCAGAAAAAGAAAUUAAAGUAAUUAAGUCACUUAUCGAGAGGUUGAUUCGGAGGGAAGGGUACUUAAUAGUAAUAGAUGAUGGUGGGCAAGCAGAGGGUGAGGGAGCAGGGCGGGCAGCUAGAGACAGCAGGAUUUUAGCUGUUGCUCCUAAUUAUGUUGCAGAUUAGUGUCGACGUUCCUUCCAAGCUGGACCACCACCACCACCGUGAUUAUGAGUUCUCACCAGCUUUUAAGUUGUUUCAAGUACGAGUUACAAUUGCCACAGGAGUAAAAGUUGUGCGAGGAGGUGACAUUGAAUGGUAUGAGGUUCCAUUUUUAAGUGUUAAGUUGCUGUAAAUUGGAGAUAGUAGUCUUAGGUUGGUGGCUGAAGCAGGCCAGUCACCAGUGUCAAUUGUUUGAUUUGUAGGUGAUUGUAAUAUAACUACUUAACCAUAUGAAUAUGGCGUGCUUAUCAGGUACUAUUGAACUUUUAAUAUUGAAACCAAAAUUCAAAAUCUUAUGGCACCGUGGUCCCUGUAUUGCAAAGGUACAAUACAUAUUUAAAUUCAAG